AUGUUUGGGUGGGGGGGGGGGGGGGGGGGGGGGGGGGGGGGGGGGGGGGGGGGGGGGGGGGGGGGGGGGGGGGGGGGGGGGGGGGGGGGGGGGGGGGGGGGGGGGGGGGGGGGGGGGGGGGGGGGGGGGGGGGGGGGUGGGGGGGGGGGGGGGGGGGGGGGGGGGGGGGGGGGGGGGGGGGGGGGGGGGGGGGGGGGGGGGGGGGGGGGGGGGGGGGGGGGGGGGGGGGGGGGGGGGGGGGGGGGGGGGGGGGGGGGGGGGGGGGGGGGGGGGGGGGGGGGGGGGGGGGGGGGGGGGGGGGGGGGGGGGGGGGGGGGGGGGGGGGGGGGGGGGGGGGGGGGGGGGGGGGGGGGGGGGGGGGGGGGGGGGGGGGGGGGGGGGGGGGGGGGGGGGGGGGGGGGGGGGGGGGGGGGGGGGGGGGGGGGGGGGGGGGGGGGGGGGGGGGGGGGGGGGGGGGGGGGGGGGGGGGGGGGGGGGGGGGGGGGGGGGUGGGGGGGGGGGGGGGGGGGGGGGGGGGGGGGGGGGGGGGGGGGGGGGGGGGGGGGGGGGGGGGGGGGGGGGGGGGGGGGGGGGGGGGGGGGGGGGGGGGGGGGGGGGGGGGGGGGGGGGGGGGGGGGGUGGGGGGGGGGGGGGGGGGGGGGGGGGGGGGGGGGUGGGGGGGGGGGGGGGGGGGGGGGGGGGGGGGGGGGGGGGGGGGGGGGGGGGGGGGGGGGGGGGGGUGGGGGGGGGGGGGGGGGGGGGGGGGGGGGGGGGGGGGGGGGUGGGGGGGGGGGGGGGGGGGGGGGGGGGGGGGGGGGGGGGGGGGGGGGGGGGGGGGGGGGGGGGGGGGGGGGUGGGGGGGGGGGGGGGGGGGGGGGGGGGGGGGGGGGGGGGGGGGGGGGGGGUGGGGGGGGUGGGGGGGGGGGGGGGGGGGGGGGGGGGGGGGGGGGGGGGGGGGGGGGGGGGGGGGGGGGGGGGGGGGGGGGGGUGGGGGGGGGGGGGGGGGGGGGGGUGGGGGGGGGGGGGUGGGGGGGGGGGGGGGGGGGGGUGGGGGGGGGGGGGUGGGGGGGGGGGGGUGUGGGG